AUGCUCUCCUGCGUAUCGCGCCUCGUCGCGCUACCUGCGCAAGGUCCAGCCUUCUCCGUGCUACGUUGCCAGCGAGGGAACGGCGACGCUACCACAUCGAUCGUGACGUUCCUAAAGCACCGGAAAGCGCUGUUUCAAACUUGGAAGUCUCCAGCCCGUAUGUUGCCCGGGAAACGCUGUCCAUGUAUGCUGCUCAGGUUCAUACAGCAGGCUCUUGAGUGGCGGUCGACAUAUGAGCGUGCAAUAUAUCUAUCUAAAGGUGUAUUGCGUCUCGAUGCAGCUCAGAUCGAAGCUGAGAAGCGGCGAGCAGCAGCGGAACUUAGCGCAGCCGAAUCAUGCAUGGAGGAACGGACUUUAGUGGAACAAAACAUAGAGGGAUUUCGCCAGCGUAUCCUAUCGCAAGUUUUCACGGACAACGAUGCGGUGAACGAAAUCGCAAAAUAUGUGCUCACAUCGCAAUCCAAGCUUUUCAGGCCCCGUCUCGGGCUCAUGAUCGCUAGAGUUAUCUCAGUCUGCUCAUAUGCUGGCGCACAAGGUGUCACGACGCCAACACCGGAUGGGUGGCCCGAAUCGCCAAUAGCCCCUGCUGAAUCUUCAGAUGAUGUGAUGGAACGAGUGCUCCGCUUACUUCAAUCAUACGAGAUUGUGCAUGCUGGAAGUUUGAUCCACGACGACAUACUGGACGACGCUGAGACCCGGCGGCGCCUACAGUCGGUUCACCUAAAGGUUGGCACGAAGUUAGCCGUACUUGUGGGCGACUUGAUGUUGACACGUGCGUGCUGUACUGUGGCUAAUUUGGGAUCGCAGCAACCGACAGUGCGCAUGGCCAAGGCGCUUGAGAACCUGAUCAAGGGCGAAUUGAUGCAAGUAAAACCGUCCAACAGUGUCGAUGACAUGAUGCACGUCUACCUCAAUAAAAUCUUCUUGAAGACAGCGUCCUUGAUCGCGGAGUGCAGCGCUUCAAUUGCAAAUUUGUUCCGCUUAGAUGCGAUUGAUUGCCACAAAUGGUACCUUAUCGGGCUCCACGUGGGCAUGGCGUUCCAAAUCUACGACGAUAUGCUCGACUACAGCAGGGGCAACGUUGACCUUGGCAAGCCUACAUUGAAAGACUUGUCGUCGGGACUCAUAACUAUGCCUCUGCUGAUGGCUCUGCCGGAUAGUCGGGAGUUGGCAUCCCUGAUAGCGGACGACGCCAUUCACGAGGGGAACCUAGAUGCAGUCCUGUCCGCGGUACGAAAUGGUCAGGCAUUUGAACGCAGUCACUGCGCCAUGAUGUUGCACUUGCUCGAGGCAUCUAACCUGUUGCGAGCAAUCGACGUCAGCGGGACAGCACCAGGCUCUGCUCUGUCUGCCCCGAUACAGAACCUUCUGUGUUUCGUCCACGACACGCUGACGCGCUCUAAAGAAUAA